AUGGCCACAGCAAGAGCCAAAGUCAGCUUUCUGCAUAUCGGAUGCACCUACUGCUCCACCGUCCUCGGCCAGACAUACCCGCUGGACGAGGAUUACCUACUAGGCUAUGCCCAAUGUCCCGAGAUAGCGCAUCUGGGUGACAGAGAGAACCAGGACGUGGAGCUGCUGCAAGACCGUCUCUCCCAGCGAAUCACCUUGGAGUCCACAGCUUUCCCCUUUCUGUCGGAGGAGCUGUCAGCAGAACCCGAUGGUUUCACCGUCCAGAUCGAGAGCAGACCUAUCACGUUUCACUCCCCCAGCCACAGCGCUCGCGCACCUCCAGCUUCCCAAGCAGCAUAUCCAGCGAAUCCACCAGCACUGCCAGAUCCUUCAUCCGCUCCACCUCCAGUCACCACCGUCACCAGCCCAUCUGCACCAUCAGCAGCGCGGCCAGCUUUUACCAGAAAGGCCAGAGCACCAGUACCCCCAGCCGCGCAGUUGAGGAUGGACGACCGCUCGGUGCAGGCGCAGGCAAGCACCAGCAGCCCAGGUGGAGCUAUUUGUUUGGCACCGAGAGUUGAUUAUUGUUGCUGA